CCAGGAGAAUCAGAACAUUUUUUGUAACAUAAACUCUACAAUUUGACUCACAAGUAAGUUUUUAUACUAUUUAUUUAAUUUCAAAAAAGUGUACUAUACUACUUACACACCAUAAUCAAAAUGCUCUAUCAGCACAGUCAGAUAACCUAUAAGCGAGCCUAAGGCACCCACCUAGGUAUCAGACUGAACCUUUCUGUUCAUGGACCAGUGGCCUUGUCACCUGCGAUAUGCAGAGAGGUGAUGCUUAUAUGUCCGUUGGUGCACACAAUGUUUUAAUGUGCCCAGCUAGUGAGUCAGGUCAGAUGAGUAGUGAGGUAAUAAAUUGUGGAUGAUGCAUCUAAGUAUCUGUGUAAGCCCAUGUCCCUGUAUGAGGGACUGAAAUUGUUAACCUGUCUAGGAACCGGUGAGAUAUAAAUCCAACUCUGUGUAAUAAACAGAAACGAACUGGCAAAAAAAUAGAACUGUGGGGCACACUCAGAAUAGGCAUUUUAUAAUGAUGGUGCUGAUUUGAAGAAAAAAAAACAAAGUAUAUGCCAAAUACACAUCACUGUUCUUUUACUGUAUAUUGAACAUAUCAAAUUUGUUAGUUUGUAUCAUCUUCAUGGUUACAAACAUAUGUAAAUCACUUGAAAACAUUGCUAUGACAGCAAAGGGAACUCUCUUAGGUCGCUAUAGAACUGGAAUUAAUGAAGCCCAACAAAAAUAUGGAUGUGGUAUGACUGUUUGUAUAUUGGAUUUCAUUAUUGAAAAGUAUUAAAUGUGAUAUAGAUUCAGUUAAAAAGGUUAAAAAGCUUGAAUGGCAUGUAUUUUGAAACGGGGCUUAAGUCAGCUUAAGUCAGUUUACACCCUCAGCCAAUGUACUAAGCCCUGAACUGCAAGGCUUAGUUUAGGGGAGCUAAUAGAAGUUCCUCCUCAAGAACUUCUGGCCCUCAAUGCCUGUCCCUCAGAGCAAAUUAAUCUGUAUUGUAUUUAGCGCAUUCAAAGCUCGAAAUAAUUAGUUUUACAAUUAUUACAAAUUAACAGUUAUACAAAGUGAAUUUUCCUCCCAAACAAAAAUCAACAUACAGCAUCUAAAAUAAUAUAAUUAAGGAAUACUAAUACAAAUAUGUAUUCCUAAUGCUAUAGUGCCCUGUUUGCCGUUUAGGUCACUGGGUCCAAGCGGUAGGGAGUAAAAAAGGUGGUUACUUUCCUUUUCUUCAUUUUGACUAAUGUCUUUACAAUCUCACUAACGUUUAUUCCUUGUUAUAUGUUCCCCUAAGAGAACUUAAUAUCUAAAUGAUGUAGAUUGAUUUUCUUAAUAUCACUUUCAAUAACAUCACUUUUUAAUCUAGUUGAACAGCCAUGUUGGGUCAGACAAUACUGUUACCUGACCAAUGGCCGCUCAACUAACGUGCCUGGUCCAGCAGUUUCACAGCAAUCACAGCAGCAGUUAAGGAAAGAUGAGUGGCAGUCAAUCAGAAAAGAGUAGAGUUUUCAUGUUCACUUAUGUCUUCAUAAUUUUACUUUCCAUGUUAUAUGUUUGUUUGAUGUUGAUUCCAUGUUAUAUGUUUUACUUAGUGAACCUAAUACGGACAAAGUUCUCAGAGCUCACCCAGAGAUUAGGAAGGGUAAUUGCUAAACAGAUUGCUGAUGAGCUUUAUGCACAAUGCAUCCUUUCUAUGGACGAGAUGCAGUUUGUACUUUCUGCAAAGGUAGAUCAAGAUGUCGCAAGAGAAUUGGUUACUAUGAUUUUAAAAAAAGGGAAUGAAGCCUGCAUAUGUUUUCUGAAAUUGCUUGAAAAUCGAGAUCCACAUUUCUAUCACGAUCUGAUUGGACAAAGUGAGUAUUAUAUCUAAUAUGUUUUAUGCUAAAAAAAAUUCUCUUAUUGCACUUGAUGCCUUAUUACAAAUGUGAUAAAAAUAUGAGAUAAUAAAAAAAUUGUAUUAUUUUUAUUAAAUUGUGUUAAAUAUUGAUAAAUUGCAAUUAUAGCCCUCCACAGCAAAUAUAUAGCCCCAUGUUAUCCAUUGAUGUGUUGGGACCUCAGUAAAGGUCCUUUCAUUAAACAAAAUAUGUAUCAUAUUAAUAGUUCCUUAAAUGACUGGAUAUAUUUUUUUGUGCACACUUGCAUUUUCUGAUAAUCAUAGACUAUUUUGAGCCAGAUAAAUUUAACAUCAGCAACCCUUGCUUGGUUCCAAUUUAUUUUGUCACAUUAAUGCAUUCUCUCUACCUAAGUAUUCCAUUAUUCCCUAUCUUAAACAAUCCCUAUUCCAACAGCAUGUGCAUAAUCAUAUAAGUUAAAAGUGUCCACCAACCAUUUACACUUCCACGGUUUCUGUUGCUGAUCCAAAUUAAGGUGAAAACCCCAAUUUGAGAUCAUUUCCAUUGUGUCCCUGAAAGGGGGAAAAUAAUUCUUCCCCACUCUUUCUCUGUGUAUAUCUGGUUAGCAUUAGAAGAUUGUAUUUUUUGACCUCAUUAUUUUACAUAAUAUGUUGUACAAAGGAUUUAGAUAGUAAACCCUACUGCAAUGUAGUUGCACAUGACUAUGAUUGAGAUGGAAAAAAUCCGUCGUGGCCAAGCCCUUCCCUCCCCUUCACCAUCAAUGUUUAACUGUCUCCCAGACAUCUACCUGUUCUCCAAAUGUUGAAUCCCUACCUGUAGACUAGAUGUCCUCACAACAGUUCUGCUUAGGGAGUAGUAACUCCUCAGCUGCAAUUGCUACUAUGGUGUAGGCUGUGUUCUACAUGUAACGACUGUGAAUUUAGUUCUCCAACUUUGAUAGCACUUGUCAUUAAUCCAGAAGCAGCAAUACUUUGGAAAACUAAAUAUGUAAUUACCUACAAUGCUCUCACUACAGUGUUGCUUGACUGUUGUGACAGUUUUACAUGAUAACCCAGUGGGAAAGAUCUUGAAUGGAUGAAAUUACCUUACUUUCUUGUUGAUCACUUAUAGAACUAAUGUUUUCUCUCUAAUGUCCCAUUAAUUUAGCAGCAGAAUGAUUUCUUAUUUAAAGGAAUGCAUUUUAUUCUAGAUAAUAACAGACUGAUUUCUAAUUCUCUCAUUAGAUACGAUAGGCAUUGAUACAAAAAAGGAAUUAGAAGAUUUGUCUAAAUAUUUAAAGAAUUUAUAUCAAUCCCCGUUGUUUCAAAAAUUUAAUCCUCUGGGGGACGAAACAGGUAUUGAUAUCUUAUUUGAUUUGGAGACAACAUUUAAAGAUCCCUUGUUAUGGGAAAAAGACACACUUAAUCGCAAGAAGAAACAGCUAACCCUAGCGGAAAUUUUAAACAAGCUCAGAAGUCCUUGUAUUAUUGAAGGAGAAGCAGGGAAAGGAAAAACAACUAUUCUCAAGAGAAUUGCUCUCAUGUGGGCCACUGAUGAAUGUAAAGCAUUAUCAAAUUACAAACUUGUUUUUUUUGUCACUCUUCAAAGUGCAAGUGAUGCGCUGUAUGAAACUCUAGAUGACCAACUUUUCCCCAUUAAUUCACAAUGGCAAAAAAAAAAGUUCAUGGAUGAAAUAUGGAAACUAGGGCAAGAGGUGUUAUUCUUAUUGGAUGGUUAUGAUGAAUUUCAAGCUGACAGCUGCAAACAAAUCGAUGAACUUAUAAAACAAAAUCCCAGAUUCAAUAGUACAGUUAUUGUUAGUACAAGAACAGAAACAAUAGGGAAAGUUAGAAAAUUUGGAGCUUUGAUAGUUGAAACAAGCGAUUUCACUGAAGAAAGUGCUAAAGAACUGAUUGAAAAUGUUCUGGUGGAAGAUGAAGCUAAGGACUUGUUGGCCACUUUAGAGGAUUCUAUUUUCAUUAAAAAUCUCAUGAAGACACCUUUGUUUGUAGUAAUAGCCUGUGCCUUACGGAUGGGGGAAAAAGAUUUCCAGAUGAACACCCAAACAGCUUUGUUCUGCACUUUAUACGAACUGAUGAUUGAAAGAGGCAAGUACAAAACUAGUAAAAUAAAAAAACAUAUUGUAAAAGAGAACAUCAAGUGCUGUGGAAACUUAGCUUUAAGAGGAUUGUUUGAUCAUAUGUUUGACUUUCGAGAGAAUCACUUGCCCGAUAUCCAAGAAGAUGUGUUGUUGAAUAUUGGCCUCUUGAAUAAAUAUACUGCCCAGAGACAUAGACCUACUUACAGAUUCUUCCAUAAAUCCUUCCAAGAAUAUGUGGCAGGAAGAAGACUCUCUCAGUUGCUAUGUUCUGAAGAGACAAGAGAUGUUAAUGAAGGGCAGUCAUACUUGAACAGAAUAGACUCCAUUCACGACAUUACUAAUAAGUACAGCAAUCUACUUUUAUAUACUUGUGGAUCAUCCAAGACAGCCACUCAUAAAGUUCUAAACCACAUUGUUGCAGUAUGCAACAAAGAUAUUACUAUCAACAGUAUUGAUUUAGCUGAGUUUGGAGUUAAUCUUUUUUAUGAAAGCUCAACCAAAACAGAGUUGAGUAACGAAUUUAAAUCACUUUUUGCAGAUAAAUAUUUAUACAUUAACACCAACAACAUAUCAUCCCAGCAUUUUGAAUUCUUUGAGCACUUACCAAAUUGUCUAAGUGCAUUGGAAAUUAUCAAGUUGGAGUUAUCUGGAAUUUGUGAAAGUAACCCUUCAAAACAAAGAACUCCAAAUGAUCAGAUCAGCACUUACAUUUCUGAAAAGGCAGUAAAACUAUUUUUUAAUUGGAAUCAAAAUCUACAGACACUAGAAGUCACACUUAAGAACUUUGAUAAGCUAAAUAGACAAGACAUACGGUACCUUAGUAAAAUAUGCUGCUCGGCUAGACGCCUGAGACUCAAGAUAAAAAAGAGUGCAGGAGUCACUGGUGCUAUUACAGGCAUUCUGGAGUCUUGCAGAAACCUGCAAGAUCUAAUUGUUGACCAUACACCACUUUGUAUUGAAGAUGAGAGAAGAAUUGCAGAUAUGGCAGUAAUAAGAACAUUAAGUAUUUCCAAUAUGCAACUUCAACACCAACCAGGUAAACAAAUGUGUCUUUUUGUUCUUUCUCCUGAGACUUUAUGAAACAAUAAGUACUUAUAGUUGCUUAGAAAUGAACCAACCCAGUCAUUAAUCAACAACAGAUAAUUUAAAACUGUACACAUAUAUAUAUAAUCUAGUAAUCUGUGAGUUGUUGUGCCCCCUCCUUCAAAAUAACAAACAAAAAACAUAGACCUAAAAAACACCUAUGGUUUAUUUCAAUGCUUGUUGGUAAAAAAAAAAAAGGGAUGUUAUUUGUUAAUACCAGCAGACAGUAAAUGUUUGCAUCUAAAAUAAGUGUUUACUUGGGUCCACCUUUGUAUUUAAGUCUGCAAGUUACUCGGGUCCACCUUUACUUUCCGACCACCAAUUAGCGUUUUCUGUUACAAAAAUGUACGUCAAGAAAAAGAACUCCAAUUAUUUGUUAUAGCAAUUCCAAUAUGACACUUUAAACUGUGAUGAUUAUGGUGUCCUAGUGAAUUUGCUUUGAGAACACCAGCAAUUGUAUAAUGUUCUGAGGAGAGGUGCUAUAGCCAGGACAGUAUUAAAAUAUUAAUUCAGUGCAUGCACACUUUAUUUGCUUUAACUGUUAUACACCAGUCUUGACAAACUUCACAAUUCUCUAAAACAGGGUUCUCCAAACUCUGGCCCUCCAGAUGUUGCUGAACUACAACUCCCGUGGUUCUUUGAAUAAAAUAGACAACCAGAGAAUCAUGAGAAUUGAAGUUCAGUAACAUGUGAACUGCUCUCUAACCAUUACUUUUUCUAAAUUAUGAGUGCAACAAGGUGGACAUUGCAUACAAUAUUUUACAUGUAUAGAAAGCACAUGCAGCAUGAAUAUUUUACAUUUUAUUAUGAACAAUAGUGUGUAUAUUUGAUUAUUAAUUAGAUAUCUUUUAUAGAUGGUCUUCUCUGUGGAAUAUGUAAAUUAGUGAACAUUGAAAAAUUAAUUUUAGAAAACAUAAAAAUGGAUGAGAAGGAUGCACAAAUACUUGGUGAGUAUCACAAUGUUUUAUUAAUGUAUAUAAAUAUUUCUGGACCAGGACAUGAAUAUUGUUAUGUUAUCAAUAGUUUGCAACCUGUUAUUACUCAAAAUUCCGAAUUUGCAACACACACAGAUCCCUUUUUAAAAUGAUAGUUCUUGACAUUAUAAUGUUAAAUAGUUCCACAAUUAAAAAAAAAAAAAAAGUCUACAUUUUUCCCAAACAAAUAUAUACAUUAUCUGUAGGUUGUAGGUUGUUUAAAUACAACAAAAUACAGAGCUAUCAAAUGUAAAACAAUUGCUACACAAUAUCUUUUCCUGUUUGGAAAAAAGUAAGCCCAGUAUUGAAUCAGCAAAAAAUAAAAUAAAAUAAUAUAAGUAAUUAUAUUUACAGCUGAAUUACACACACUCAGGAGUAGUUCAAAUACAUUUUGUUUCUUUCUCUCGGUUGCAGAAUAUUUAUCCAGAUUUGUUGUACAGUAUAUGUGUAAAAGAGGUUACGCCUCAUAAACUAUACUGCACUCAUAUACAGUGGUGUAUUUUGGAUUUGUGCUGCCCUAGUCUUAACUAAAUUCGGGCACCCCCAAAAUCUAAAUUUGACCCCCCAAUUCGUGUCAAGACGACUUUUGUGACUGACAGACAAAUGCCCUCAUUGAUACAUGCACUGAUACACUCACUGAGAGAUACACAUUCAUUGGCACACACAUACAGUCAUAAGCACACACUGUUUAACCAACACACACACUGACACACUCACUCACUGACAGGCACACACUCUCAGAUACACAUAAAAUGACAUACACACACUGACACACACUCACAGGCACACCCAUUCUCACUGAAACACACACACACACUUUCACUCACUCACAGACACUCACUGACAGCUACACUCACUCACUCACUCACUCACACACCCACAGUAAGGUGCACAGCCCCAGAACACAAGGCAAGCAAGGCAUUUGUCUGGGAGCUUGGGGUGGCAUUUUUUGGCGCCCCCCUGAAAGUGCCGCCCUAGGCAAAUGCCUUAUGGUAAAUACAUCCCUGCUCUUAUAUAUGACAUAUUAUAGGGCAUUUUGAUAUGUUCUUGUAGUGUCUGUGUAAUAUAGAGGUAUGCAGCCUCCUGUCACUGUUUCACUGGGCAGUAUUAUUAUGCAUAAGCCUAUUCUAUUGCUAUGUAUGUUAUCUUUAGUAUAAAAAUAUAUGUGUAUAAAAUGUUUUAUGGCUGUCUGUUAUGUAGCUGUCUGAUAGCCCUGUGGUUUGUGAGAGAGUAAAAUAUUUUAAUCCAAUCUUACUCACAUGCAUAUAUUGGUAAUUCAAAUAUAAAAUAAUUUCAUACUAAAAUUGUUUUUAUUAAAUUUACAGCUUUAGGUAUUGAAAAAUUAAGCAAAUUAAAAAUUUUGAAUUUAGCCAUUUUGCCUGAAAUUGGGAAAGGCAUUGAAUACAUAGCUCGAGCUAUUGCAUCCAGCUGUCCACAGCUUGAAGAACUCAAGCUAUCUAACUGCAGUUUGACUGGGAAUGCACUGAAGAUUAUUUGUAAGUACUAGGUUCCUAAUGUUUUACAAUACAUCCUUAUCUUCUAUUGCAAUAACGAGUGGAUACAUUUAGUGUGUAACCAUAAAACAUUUAAGGGAAGAAAUUACUGCUCGUGGUAAAAUACAAAAAAUUUUUUUUUUGUUAGGCCAAUUAUUGGUUUUCCAAACAAAAAGUUUCACAUUUUACUAUGGCGUUUAACUCCAGUAGUGGUGUAAAGUUUUUUGGACAAUAGAGGUACAAAAGUACAGUUAAAGUUGUGUUUCUUGCUGACGAUGACUCUUGCGUGUGCUAAAUGGCACUUGCUAAAACUAACAUCAAAAGAAAGGAAAUUACAAAAUGUUUUUAUUGGUUCUGAUAAAUGCAGUCAUAUGCAAGAAAAUUAUUCUACAAAAAUCCUAUUUAUGAUGGACCAUGUGUGGUAUGGGUUUCCUUUUCUGAUUUCGGAUGUUUAGGUUUUCUUUUUAGGGGUAAAAGAGGAGAUAGUGGUCAUCCCUGUUGAAUAUCAUUUGACAUAUUAAAUAAAAUAGAGUAGAAUAUUGAGGAAAUAUUAAAUCAAAUAGAGCAUAAUAUUAAUUAGGAUAUUAAUAGGGUUAUUUACUGAAGUGACAAUUCAAGGUGAAUGCAAAGUGAAUUUCAAAUGUAAGGCCAGACUAGCCAAACUGAUAGCAUAGCUGACUUGAAAUUCACUUUGAGUUCUCACUUUAGUAAAUAACCCUGUAAUACCUUUGCUUUUGAAUCUAAUUAAAGAGCAAGCAUGGUUGUAAUAUAUGACUGAGAAAAAUUGUAGCAUCUCAAGACUUCGUGCGUAUAACUCCAGAGCAGUCUGUUGAAUGUCAGUGCCUUAUCUCCUUUUCUAUGAUUGGAGAAGGCAAUCGUUUUUUUUCAGGGCUGAUGUAUUGUGUUGUAUUGUGAUCAAUAAAUUGCUUAAAAUACUGCCAGGUUACAGGUCAUGUUAGUUUCUUCAGCUUUAUAUUUACAAAAGUCUCUUAGUGGGAACCUCUAAUAGUAUUACUUAGUGACUGAGAUGCUCAAUUGUAUGCUGGCUGGGUUAGAUUGAUAGAUACACAAUUAGUAUAGGUUCUCUUUGUAAUGGCACAUGUAAAAUGUAAUUUAUGGGAGUUGGAAUUAACAGUAGGGCAAGCUGUUAAAGGGACACUAUAGUAACCAAAACAACUUUAACUUAAUGAAGCAGUGUGGGUGUAUACGUCAUGCCUCUGAAGUCACACUGCUCAAUUCUCUGCCAUUUUGAAGUUAAAUUGCUUUUGUUUCUGUUUAUGCAACCAUAGCCACACCUCUCCUUCCUGUGACUGACAAAGUCGGCAUGAAUUUUAUUUUAAAUUUUUACCAUCAAAUACAACUUACUUUAAAAUUAUUUAGCUCCUGCUAUGCAUUUUGGAACUUUAAUUACAUACAGGAGGAUCCUGCAGGGUCUAGCAAGCUAUUAACAGGGCAGGAGAUAAGAAAUUCUACAUUAAACCGAAUUUGCAAUAAAGGAAGUGUAAACAUUAGAUGACUCUUUACAGGAAGUGUUUAAGAAGGCUUUGCAAAUCACAUGCAGGGAGGUGUGACUAGGGCUACAUAAACAAACUGAUUUAACUUGUAAAUGGCAGAGCAUUUAGCAGUAAAACGUCAGGGGCAUGAUUUAUACACCAAAGCUGCCUUAUUAACCCCUUAAGGACUGAGCCAAAUGUACACGUUGUGAACGAAACAAAAUGUAAACAAAACCUGGCAUUUGCGCUACAUGUCUGUCCAACCGUAAUUCACCUCUUUCAUAUUAAAUGCACCCACCCUUAUUAUAUAUCAUUUUAUUCAGGGGAAACAGGGCUUUCAUUUAAUAUCAAAUAUUUAGCUAUGAAACAUAAUUUAAUAUGAAAAAAAUGUGAGAAAAUAAGAUUUUAUUUGAUUUUUUUAGUUCUACAUGACAUUUUAACUGUCAAUGUCAUAAUACUGUUUGCUUUUACUGCAAUAAAAUACACAUAUUUGUAUUCAGCAAAGUCUCACGUGUAAAACAGUACCCCCUAUGUACAGGUUUUAUGGCAUUUUGGGAAGUUACAGGGUCAAAUAUAGCAUGUUACAUUUGAAAUUGAAAUUUGCCAGAUUGGUUACGUUGCCUUUGGGACUUUAUAGUAGCCCAGGAAUGAAAUUUACACCCAUAAUGGCAUACCAUUUGCAAUAGUAGACAACCCAAGGUAUUGCAAAUGGGGUAUGUCCAGUCUUUUUUAGUAGCCAUUUGGUCACAAACACUGGCCAAAGUUAGCGUUAGUAUUUGUUUGUGUGAAAAAUGCAAAAAAUGCCAAUUUUGGCCAGUGUUUGUGACUAAGUGGCUACUAAAAAGACUGGACAUACCCGUUUGCAAUACCUUGGGUUGUCUACUAUUGCAAAUGGUAUGCCAUCAUAGGGGUAAUUUUCAUUCUUGGGCUACCAUAGGGUCUCAAAGGCAACGUAACCAAUCUGGUGAAUUUUAAUGUGAAAAAAAUGAAACGCAAGCCUUAUAUUUGACGCUGUAACUUUUGAAAACACCAUAAAACCUGUACAUGAGGGGUACUGUUGUACUCGGGAGACUUCGCUGAACACAAAUAUUUGUGUUUCAAAACAGUAAAAAGUAUCACAGCAAUAAUAUCGUCCGUGUAAGUGCUGUUUGUGCAUGAAAAAUGCAAAAAACUUCACUUUUACUGGCGAUAUCAUCGUUGUAAUACAUUUUACUGUUUUGAAACACUAAUAUUUGUGUUCAGCGAAGUCUCCCGAGUAGAACAGUACCCCCCAUGUACAGGUUUUAUGGUGUCUUGGAAAGUUAUAGGGUUAAAUAUAGUGCUAGCAAAUUAAAUUCCCUUUACUUUGGCAUGGGUUGUCAGGCAGGUCCCGCUAAUUGUAAUUAAUUAAGAUACCUAAUUAUGUAAAAAUAUUACAUAAAUAUAUAUGUAGAAUUAAUAUAUGUAUGUAUGUGAAUCUAUAUGUGUAUAUAUAAAUAAUUUUUUUAAAUAUUUUUAUUUAUAUAUAGUGAUAUAUACGUAUAUAUUUAUGUAUGUAGAUAUAUUAUUUCGUUCUACGUGUAUUUUGAUAUAAAUAUAUAUAUAUAUAUAUAUAUAUAUAUAUUAAUAUCACAAUACAGUUAGAACGAAAUAACACACAUCUAUAUAAUUUUAAAUUAUUUUUUUAAUUUUAUUUUUUAACGUAUUUACAUAUUAAAUUUUUUUAUAUUAUAUAUAAAUAUAUAUAUAACAAUAAUUAUAUAUAUAUAUUUAAUCAGUAUCAGUCUACGUGUAAUUUGAUAUUAAUAUAUAUAAUUAUAUAUAUAUUAAUAGUAAAAUACACCUAGACAGUGUACGUGUGUGUAUGUAUAGGUGUAUAUAUAUAUAUAUAUACUUAGAUCAUAUAUAUAUAUAUAAUAUAUAUAUAUAUAUAUGUAUAUGAUCUAAGUAUAUAUUUUUUUUUUUUUACACUUAUAAAUUUUAUUUUAAUUUUAUUUCUAGCCAGCGGGGGGACCACCCGUAUUUACAGGCAGCCCCCCUGCUGACAAUACAGAAGCCAGCUAUCCCGGCCAUGUGAUUGUGAGGUCCUCGCAAGGACCUCACUGUCACAUGGCCGGGGGGCAUCGGAGGAGGAUCUGCCGCGGGGGGCUCCCUGGGAUUUCCCCCCACCGCGAUCGCCGGCGUUUAGAGCCGCUUAAAAUAGGACGUAAUUGUACGCCCUCCGGUCUGAAGGGGUUAAGCUAAAGUUGUUUUGGUGACUUUAGUGUUCCUUUAAGCAUUUGUCUGGUGAGCGUCUCUUAUCCCCUUUUUAUAAAGAAAUCAAAUGCAUUUUUUCCAAUCUGUAAUAUUCCACACCGUUACAAAUAAAUUCAAUGCAUUUAAGCUCACAUGUGAUGCAUGUUUCUAAUCAUAAAUUCAUAUUCCCACAAUUUUUAUUAUUUUUAUAGCUCAGAAUUUGAAAUCAUUGCCUAAAAUUGCCGUGCUUGAUUUCUCUGAAAACUAUUUAGAAGAGGAUGAAAGUCAGUCAAUGGAAGAACUUGGUAGGCCUCUAAAAACAUUUUUGUACGUUUCAGAUUCAAUAUAAGGUAUAUAUACUAAAGAAAUAAUAAUUUAUGUUUGAUUACAGUGAAAGCUUUGAUCUAUCUACCCACACUGAAAACACUUUUGCUGCCUGGAGGUAGUGAUGUGAAACUUUGCCUAGAUGCAUUACUGUUUCAACUUCGGAAGGCAACGGGUUUGUCAAAACUUGCAAUUAAAAGAUGGAACCUGGCAGACACUGACAUGAUAAAAUUAGGUAAGCCCAUUUAAAAUGUGUAUGUAUACACUGAACAAAAUUAUAAGCACAACACUUUUGUUUUUGAUUUUUAAUGAGCUAAACUCAAAGAUCUAAGACUUUUUUUAUGUACACAAAAGGCCUAUUUCUCUCAAAUAUUGUUCACAAAUCAGUCUAAAUCUGUGUUAGUGAGCACUUCUUAUUUGCCGAGAUAAUCCAUCCACCUCACAGGUGUGGCAUAUCAAGAUGCUGAUUAGACAGCAUGAUUAUUGCCAAGGGAGGGCUGGCAGCCUUAGGCCUGGGGGGCAAAACCAGUCAAGUGGCCCAUUGCACCACCAAAUCAGUUCACCACCCAUGCCCACCUUUUCCUGGUUUUAUAACAGAUAUUGAUGUUAUGCUAAUCAGUAGCUCUUUGCCAUACCUGCUCCUUCACUGCUCUGACUUUCAAUGUUAUCAGAGCGCAGGCUGAGAAUCUCUGAGCCUGUGCUCCGACUCACUAACUGAGCGCCGGAACCACGAGGGAGAGGAUAUGAUCUGACUGCACCUCCUGCUGGUGCGCACCAGUGGACCACCAGCGAAUCGUUUAAAUUGAAUAUGCUGGUGUACCCAACUUGUGAGCUGUGUUGGCCGCCGGACUCCUCUGUUGUCAUGGCACCCUGCGUGACCGCACAGCGUGCACACCCCAACGGCUGGCCCUGCUGACACACACUGAUGUUACUACUUAGAAAUCCCUCAAUAUUAAUACAGACAUCAGAGUAAACACCAAUAAACUGUGGAAACAGAGCUGAUCCCCCAAAUUUAUAAAGAUUUGCUUAGUGGAUUUGUUGUAAGAUUAAAUCAUGCCUCCUCCUCUCUCUCUCCCAUGCGCUGCUCUGUAGGCUGGGAGGAAGUGAAGAGUAAUCGCAUUCUCCCAGCACAGCGCCACCUGUGGCUGCAUGGGGAACAGCUGUUUAAUGUAAUGCUUGCAGGACGGCCAGCUGCCACAGGACCUCUUUGUUCCCGUCUCUGCAAAGGGCUCCAGGCACUGCUCGUUGUGAGUGUGAGCCACUGUAAAUUAGGGGCAGAGGGCACUUGCAAUGCGGUAAAGACGGGUCUGGGCAGGAGGAGAGUGCAGUGCAAUCAGUCCACUCCCCUCCUGUGGGUCACCAGUAGACUGGUGCACCUGCCCAGGAUCAGAGCCGGUGCAAGGAUUUUUGCCGCCCUAGACAAAAGAAAAAUUUGCCGCCCCCCAUGUGACAUCACAAUGCCCCACCAUAUGAUCUGCCAUAUGAACUAACGUCAGUGCUGCACACAGUGUGUGUUUACAUUAAAAAGCCUGCAGGGACCGGCUAUAGACACCAGAACCACUUCAUUAAGCUAUAGUGUCCCUUUAAUGUGAGGUAAAUUAUAGAUUAGUGUCACUAAUAAUAUACUAGGUUGCCUACUUACAACCAGAUGAGGAUGAUGGGCUGCAGUUUGGCUCCACUGGUCUGGUGUAGAACAGGCUAUCUGGAGGCUGUUUGCAACUGUGGUCACAAAAUUCAAUGUUCUGGGAGAAUUGGAAGCUGCUCCAUUUUUUUGGUCUGGGGCCUGAUGGUGAGUAUGCCCAUAAGGCCCACUCAUAAGUCCACUUAUAUGUUCCAUCCACCCAUGAGUUCGCUCACAGGGAGUUGAGUGUGUAGGGGAUGUGUUAUGUGUUAUUGUAGAGGAUCUAAUAUGUGUGCUUAUGGUAUGAAGUGUAUAGUGAUACCAGUUUGUGUAGGUGAUGCAGUGUGUUUGUGUGUAGUGGAAGCAGUGUGUAUUUGUGUAUAAGGGAUGUAUUAUGUGUUUCUAGUUGUGUGUAAGGGAUGCAUUGUGUGAAUCUAUGUUUGUAUGCAUAAGGGAUGCAAGGUGUGUGUCUGUAUGUGUGUGCAUUGAAUGUAAGAGAUGCGUUGUGUUUCUGUGUGUAUGUAAGAGAAGCAGUUUGUGUGUUUCUGUGUGUGUAGGGAUCCAUUGUGUGUUUCUGUGUAUGUAUAGGGAUACAUUGUGUGUGUGUGUGUGUGUGUGUGUGCGCGUAGUGUGAAAGAACUCCCAGUCUUGCCCCCUGUCCUAUAGAGCUGUCCCUUCUGUCCCUUAGAGCUCUCCCCUGACCCUUAGUGGUCUCUCCUCUCCCCCACCCUCCCCUAGCGGUCUCUUCUCACACUCACCCACCCUCCCUGUGCUCUUCUCAUCCCCCCUCCACCCUCCCUGUGUUCUCCUCACCCCCCCUCCACCCUCCCUGUGUUCUCCUCACCCCCCUUGUGUUCUUCUUACCUCCCUCCUCUCUUUGUUCUUCUUACUUCCCCCUUGUUCUUCUUACUCCCCCACCUGUUCUUCUUACUCCCCCACCUGUUCUUCUUAUCCCCUUCUUCGUCUUACUCCCCCUUCUUCUUAUUGCUCCCCCUUCUUCUUACCCCCUUCUUCUUCUUACUCCCCCUUCUUCUACUUCUUACCCCCUCCUACUUCUUCUUACCCCUCUUCUUCUUCUUGCUCCCCUUCUUGCAUCCUCCUUCUUCUUCUUCUUCUUACUUCUUUUCCUCUCCCCCCCUCUUCUUCUUACUCCCCCCCUCUUCUUCUUACCCCUCUUCUUCUUCUUCUUCUUACUCCCCCACUCUUUUCUUACCCCUUCUUCCUCCCCCUUCUUCUUGCCCCUCUUUUCUUAUCUCCCUCCUUCUUGCUCCCCUUCUUCUUUCUCCCCUCCUUCUUACCCCCCUCUCCUUCUUACCCCCUCUUCUUCUUACUCCCUUCUUCUUCUUUCUUCUUCUUCUUCCCCUCUUCUUCUUACCCCCCUUCUUCUUAUUCCCCCUUUCUUCUUACUCCCCCUUCUUCUUCUUAUCCCCCUCCCCUCUUCUUACUCCCCCUUAUACUCCCCCCUCCCCCUCUUCUUGCUCCCCCCUCCCCUCUUCUUGCUCCCCCUCCUUCUUCUUACUCCCCCCUCUUCCUCUUCUUACCCCCCAUCCCCUCCAUCCUCUUACCCCUGCUCUCACCUUCCCUUCUCUGUAGUGUGGCCAAGCUCCUUUCCAGUCCGCGGUGCCCCGCCGGAGUGAUAGGAAGGUGCACACUCAGUGUGCACUUCCUGUCAGUCCAGCCGGUUACAGGCAGUAAAGGAGUUUCUGUUUCCUGUACCCGGCCGGACUGACCGGAAGAGCACACUCAGUGUGCACCUUCCUAUCACUCUGGCCAUGCAUCACGGACCGUUGAGGAGCUCAGCCACACUACAGGGAAGGGGAGGGGAGGAGAGAAGCAACUGCAGCCGCCUGAGGCUCUUAACAGAGCGCUCAGGUGGCUGCAGCAUUUAAAGGGCCGGCCCUGCAGCGACCGGUCUUAAAAGAAUUUAGGGCGGCCUGGGGGGCAAUUGCCUCCCUGCCCCCCGGCCCAGCCCGCCCCUGAUUAUUGCAAAGGUGUGCCUUAGGCUGGCCACAAUAAAAGGCCACUCUGAAAUGUGCAGUUUUAUCACACAGCACAAUGCCACAGAUGUCACAGGUUUUGAGAGAGCGUGCAAGUGGCAUGCUGACUGCAGGAAUGUCCACCAGAGCUGUUGCCCGUGAAUUGAAUGUUCAUUUCUCUACCAUAAGCUGUUGCCAAAGGUGUUUCAGAGAAUUUGGCAGUAGAUCCAACCAGCCUCACAACUGCAGACCACAUAUAACCACACCAGCCCAGGACCUCCAAGAUCGUCUGAGACCAGUGUAGCAGGCUGGCCGGGUCUUGGGUCAUAAACAACAGAAACAGUUCUUUCUUCCAAUAUGAGGAAAGCUUUAUUUAGCAAGCAGGCUGAGCCACAGCAAAACAUGAAAACCAAAAUCAACUCCUACUCCACACUGGAGACUAACUAACUUACUCUUUCUAUGCUACUGGGCAGCUAAGAUGAACCCUGUAGUUUAACAAAUAAAAAUAAAGGCUUGCAAAAUACCUUUUUGUUCCCAUACAGUUUCAGCAGUCUUUUUGACUCACAGUCUCUCUGUCUCCGCCCCAGCUCUUCACAGGAGAGACUGAUUUCCCUCUGCAUAGGGUUUAUGUAGCUCCUUAAUUGAUGUACUAGAGCAACCUGAUUUUUAACCCCCUCUAGUCAGAGAACACUGAAAGUGCCAUUCUGAGGCUAAUAUAGUAGUGUUCCCUCACACUGCCACACCAGCCACCCGGACAGCUGCUGCAACAAUCGGUUUGCAUAAUCCAAAUAAUUUCUGCAGAAAAACUGUCAGAAACCGUCUCAGGGAAGCUCAUCUGCAUGCUCGUCAUCCUUAUCAGGGUCUCGACCUGACUGCAGAUCUUCGUCGUAACCAACUUGAGUGGGCAAAUGUCCACAUUCGAUGGAUUCUGGCACUUUGAAGAGGUGUUCUCUUCACAGAUAAAUCCCGGUUUUCACUGUACGGGGCAGAUGGCAGACAGCGUGUAUGGCGUCAUGUGGGUGAGCGGUUUGCUGAUGUCAACGUUGUGGAUCAAGUGGCCCAUGGUGGCAGUGGGGUUAUGGUAUGGGAAGGCAUAUGUUAUGGACAACGAACACAGGUGCAUUUUAUUGAUGGCAUUUUGAAUGCACAGAGAUACCGUGACGAGAUCCUGAGGCCCUUUUUUAUGCCAUUCAUCCACGACCAUCACCUCAUGUUGCAGCAUGAUAAUGCACGGCCCCAUGUAAGGAUAUGUACACAAUUCCUGAAAGCUGAAAACAUCCCAGUUCUUGCAUGGCCAGCAUACUCACCGGACAUGUCACCCAUUGAGCAUGUUUUGGGAUGCUAUCAAUCGGCGUAUACGACAGUGUACAGUGUGUUCCAGGUCCUGCCAAUAUCCAGCAACUUCGUACAGCCAUUGAAGAGGAGUGGACCAACAACAACACAAUCAACAACCUGAUCAACUCUAUGCAAAGGAGAUGUGUUGCCCUGCAUUUUAGAAUGGCCUUUUAUUGUGGCCAGUCUAAAGCACACCAGUGCAAUAAUCAUGCUAUCUAAUCAGCAUCUUGAUAUGCCACACCUGCGAGGUGGAUGGAUUAUUUUGACAGAAGGAGAAGUGCUCACUAACACAGAUUUAGACAGAUUUGUGAACAAUAUUUUAGAAAUAGGCCUUUUGUGUACAUAGAAAAAGUCUUAGAUAUUUAAAUUCAGCUCAUAAAAAAUGGGGGCAAAAACAAAAGUGUUGCAUUUAUAAUUUUGUUCAGUGUAUAUAUAUAUAUAUUCAUUGGAUAUAUAAAAAUAUCCAAUGUAAGAAUAGAAAAGAUCUGACAGUAAGCAUGCCAAAGGUGAUGAAUAAAGGAGUGAGAGUGAAGAAAUACAAAACGUGUAUGUGAAAUCAGUGAUGAAUAUAUGAGUGAAGUGAAAAAAAUUUAGCACACAAAAGUGGUUUAAACUGUCAGUAAUACAUAAGGGUAUUAUAUAUCAUAUAUACCUGUAUCCCAAAACGGGAUCAUACAGUAUAAUCCAUAAAGUAUACAUAUAUGAAACAUGAUUUUAAGAAUUAUGUAACUAUACAAAUGAAUAUUAACCUUAUAUAGUGUGUGCAGAAGAUAAAUGCCCCCACUCUGGGACAUCAUUUGAAUUCAAAUAUCUUGUUCAAUAUAAACUAAAUAAAAUUAUAAUAUGUAUAUAACUGUACCCAUGACUAAUAAGUAUAGAUGAAGAGGCAAAAAUAAAAAACUAUAAAAAAUAAUCUCAAUCCGGGGCAUACCAUCUUAUCUUAUAUAUGAUGACAAUUAUAAACAAGACAAAACUAUAAUAAUAAUUCAGCCAUAUAAUAUCAUCCUAUCUUGCGGGAGGAAAACAACAUAAACUAAGACACAUUAGAGAAACAUUGAGUAUACUAUAUUUUCAUUAAGUCCAGUCCCUGGGGGGCCACUGUAUCCAAUUGAUGGAUCCAAAAUGCCUCACGCUGUAAAAUAAAUUUAGAUCUAUCACCCCCAUGAGGGACAUGAUCAAUUGCUAUAAUAAUUAGUGUGGGCAAACAAUGUUCGGUUGCAAGAAAGUGUUUAGCCACUGGUUUAUCAGUCCUUAGGUCACGGAAGUCUGUCAUUAUCCCUGACCGAUGUCCUCGAAUUCGGUCUCUAAGGGUCAGGUCUGUCUUCCCUACAUAGGACAGUCCGCAGGGACAAGUGAUCAUAUAGAUCACAUGAUCACUGGUACAUGAUAUAAAAUGUUUUAUAGGGAUAUGUUUCCCACUGUGGGGAUGUCCAAAUGUAGAGCUGCUGAUCAUGUGGCUGCAUGUAAAGCAGCCAGAGCAAUUAAUGCACCCUUUCUUCUUUAGUGUUGGAGGUUUUUUAAAACACUGUAUGGCAAGCAUGACAAGCAUGCGGCCCACAGUGAACAUAUUUGCGGCCUGUCUGCCCUGGGGCUGCUUUCAGCUGUGACUGCGACCAGUAAGACAGAAAAAAUAUUUCCUGAUUCUUGGUCUCCCAGCCCCAAGAGGGCAGAGUGGCUGUGUGUCUGCUGAGCAGACCAGAGCAGCCACUCCCCCUUCCCUCCUGCUCGCAGUUUCAGAGGAGGGUCUGGGCUGGAGUUGGAACUGAAGGACAGACAGCAGAUUGUAAGUUAGGAGAAGAGGGGCUUGGGGGAGGGGGGCACUGUAUUAAUUUGAGGAAGAGAGGGGGCACUGUAUUAAUUUGGGUGAGGGAUGGGGCACUCUAUAUUUGAGGGAGGGAGCACUCUAUUAAUUUGAGGGAGGGGAACUGUAUUAAUUUGUGGGAGGGUGGGGGCACACUUAAUUUGAGGGAGGGGACACUAUUAAUUUGAGGGAGGGAGGACAGUGUAUUAUUAUGAAGGAAGGGGCACUGUAUUAAUUUGAGGGAGGAAGGGCAGUGUAUUAAUUUGAGGGAGGGGGCACUCGAUAAUAUCAGGAGUGCACUCUCAGGUCUUGUUAAAGUAAAUCGUGAAUAAAUAGCAAAAAAGUUUACAUCUGUAAUACAAUCGACGUUUUGACCCCUAAGGUUUUUUUUCAAAAUCACAGAGUUUACAGUAAUGUGACAUUAUAUACAUAAAGCAAUAAAACACUUACCAAUCAAAUGAGUGACAAAAUAUAUAUAAAUAAAUAUAUAAAGAUGAAACCAAGAGGGCUGCACUCACCUGAAUGAGGUACAUUAACAUUGUGGAAGGAUUAUGCAAUACAUGUUCAUAUAAUGUAACAAAACCCCCAUUAUUUUUUGCCUAGGUGAGGUGUUUUUAAAUAAAACUAUUACAAUCUGUGAGAUUUGAAAUCAUUGUUUAGUAAAUAAGCGAGUGCGCUGGAUUGUGUAUUUUGUAUGAUAUAUAUAUAUAUAUAUAUAUAUAUAUAUAUAUAUAUAUAUAUAUAUAUAUAUAUAUAUAUCUUAUCUACCAAUUUUAAAGUGGUUUCACAUCCAAUGUGCAAUUUAAUAUAUGUAAUUCAAAACCUAUUCCAACGAAUAACAUUUAUUGCCACAGAACCCUAAAGAAUAUAAUAAAUAAAAGUUAUUUAUUUGAACUACUUAUUUUUUCUUACAAUACUCUUGCUUCUGAUUAGCUUACUCAUACGCAACAAUUUUAAGUUGACUGUUAAUGAGUAAUAUUUUACAGUCAAUAAGAAGGAGGGGGUGUGAUCAUGUUGUAGCAGUUGCAAAUGUUGGUAACCUAAGGCAAUGGCAUCCCUCAGGUUUCUGUCCUUUUUCUGGGUCUUCUUAUACCCUGUUUAGUGUAUUUACAUAUGAUUAGGGUCAAAUUCUAAAGUGGUUUCCCUUUGUAUAGGUAGACUAUAAACUGUACAGUCUUGUGUUGAUAGAUACCAGGGUAAUAAGUAACAGAAGAGAAGGCUGUUCACAUCCUUGUAUUUUCUGACUGUUAUCUCAUAAAAUUGUUUUGCCUCAUCUUCUAAGCUAUAUUUCAACAGGCUUAUAGGUAUCUGGUGUAACAUUGUAGAACUUUUUAUUGUGCCAAGCCCAAUUUAAAGGACCACUCUAGGCACCCAGACCACUUCAGCUUAAUGAAGUGGUCUGGGUGCCAGGUCCAGCUAGGGAUAACCCAUUUUUUCAUAAACAUAGCAGUUUCAGAGAAACUGCUAUGUUUAUGAAUGGGUUAAGCCUUCCCCCUAAUCCUCUAGUGGCUGUCUCAUUGACGGCCACUAGAGGCGCUUGCGUGCUUCUCACUGUGAUUUUCACAGUGAGAGCACGCCAGCGUCCAUAGGAAAGCAUUAUGAAUGCUUUCCUAUGUGACCGGCUGAAUGCGCGCGCAGCUCUUGCCGCGCGUGCGCAUUCAGCCGACGGGGAGGAGAAGAGGAGGAUCGGAGGAGGAGAGCUCUCCGCCCAGCGCUGGAAAAAGGUAAGUUUUAACCCCUUUUCCCUUUCCAGAGCCGGGCGGGAGGGGGACCCUGAGGGUGGGGGCACCCUCAGGGCACUAUAGUGCCAGGAAAACGAGUAUGUUUUCCUGGCACUAUAGUGGUCCUUUAACACAAGUACUGCUCAUGUCGGGACCUGUUUUAUUUAUUUAUUUUAAUAUGAAACAUUACUACUUUGUUAUGUUAUUUUAAUUAUUUAGUCAGUUUUGUAGGUGAAUUUCUGAUUAUGUGAAAAUGUAUAAGAGAAACCUCAUUGACAUUUGAUAAACUGCAGUAUAUUCAGUAGAUCAUUUACAAUAUCACACUGUCUCUUGUUUGCAGCUACCCAUUUUAGGAAUGAAUCUAAAAAGCUUGAAUUUCUGGACUUGUCGAAUAACCGUGCAACGAGUGACGGAUGGAUUGCCUUAAUGGACGUACUACAAAAUCUAACUAAACUCACAUACUUAAACUUCAGUACAGAGAAUUUGUUUACACCAGAUUCAGUCUUGGUGGCAAAACUGAGUUGUGUAAUUUCUGAUUUACAGUUUUUAUGCACAAUGGAACUGAAUAAUUGGGAGCUGGAUACAUUUGACUUGGACAGAAUCAAAAAAUCGAAAAAUAUGAUCCAUAGGCAAGAAGAAACAGGUGUCCACUUUUUUUCAAGCUGUUAACUUAGAAGUUGAAAGCAGAUAACAGUGUUUUUUCUUUUUGUAAUAAUGAUGAUAUAAUUAAUCUAAACCUGCAGAUACUUGAGCUGAUUUAUGCAAUGUUUCUAUAUAUAAAGGAGUAUUCACUAAUUGAGAAUAAGCAGGAAUUCAAAAUGAAUAGAAAGUAAAUUUAAAAUUUAAGGCCAAAAUUACAACAUAGUAACUUUAACCCCUUAAGGACACAUGACAUGUGUGACAUGUCAUGAUUCCCUUUUAUUCCAGAAGUUUGGUCCUUAAGGGGUUAAAUGGCUCUUAUAAAACCGUAUCCACCCAUUGCUGCACAAUUAUUUCAGUGUUACGGAGUUAUUUGAGAGCAAUAAUAUAGAGCAACCAUAGACACCACAUUACAACUAGUUGUGUAGCCUGCAAAAAAUAAAUACCUAAAUAUCAUUUUGAAUCUAUAUCAGGCAAAAGAGAACUGCCCCCGUAUAAGAACAGUAGAAUGGGUAAUAAUCAAGAUUUUAGACUUAUCAGUAUUUAAUUCAAAGUUGGACAGGAAACCAUAUUCACGAAAAACUUUUAGAAUAUUUGUCAAUGAAAUAUGUGGGGUCCCAGUCAUAAACUUAUCAUCUGUGUAUGCAGCAACUUUAUGUCCUUCGAGAAAAGAGAAAAAUACCAUCCAAAUGUCUGAAUAUUUAAUUUGGAAACUAUAUCAGGCGAAGGGGAAUUGUCCCCGUAUAAGAGUAGACUGGGACUUAGUAAAGGUUAUGUUUAAGAUUUUGGACUAAUCAGCAUUUAAUUUAAGGUUGGACAGUAAACCAUAUUCACAAAAAGCUUUCAUAUUAUUUGUCAAUGAAAUUUGUGGGUUACAUAGUUACAUAGUUACAUAGCUGAAAAGAGACUUGCGUUCAUCAAGUUCAGCCUUCCUCACAUAUGUUUUUGCGGUUGAUCCAAAAGAAGGCAAAAAACCUAGUCUGAAGUGCUUCCAAUUUUGCCACAAACUAGGAAAAAAUUCCUUCUUGACCCCAAAAUAGCAGUCAGAUGUUUCCUUGGAUCAAGCAGCUAUUACCCCACUAAUUAGAAAUGAUAUCCCUGUAUGUUAUGUUUUUGUAAAUAUUUAUCCAGUUGCAGUUUGUUUAAACAUCUGUAAUGACUCUGACAAAACCACCUCUUUAGGCAGAGAAUUCCAUAUCCUUAUUGCUCUUACUGUAAAAAAACAACAACUUUUCUUUGUCUUAGAUGAAAUCUCCUUUCUUCCAGCCUAAAUGUGUGACCUUGUGUCCUAUGUAUAGCCCUGUUUAUGAAUAGAUUUCCAGUUUAAGGUUUGUACUGGCCCCGAAUAUAUUUGUAUAAAGUUAUCAUAUCCCCUCUCAGGCGCCGUUUUUCCAAACUAAACAGAUUAAAUUUUUUUAACCUUUCUUCAUAACUAAAAUGCUCCAUUCCUUUUAUCAAUUUUGUAGCUCAUCUCUGGACUUUUUCUAGUGCCAUGAUAUCUUUCUUUAGAACAAGCGCCCAAAAUUGCACAGCAUAUUCAAGAUGUGGUCUUACCAGCGAUUUAUAAAGAGGCAAAAUUAUAUUUUCAUCCCGAGAAUUUAUGCCCCUAUUUAUACAUGACAAAACCUUACUGGCCUUAGCAACUGCAGAUUGACAUUGGAUAUUGCUGCCUAAUUUGUUGUCUAUAACAAUUCCCAAAUCCUUCUCGUGUGUGGUUAUCCCUAAUUCACUACCAUUUAGUGUGUAAAUUGCUUGUGCAUUCUUAACUCCGAAGUGCAUAACUUUGCAUUUCUCUACGUUAAAUUUCAUCUGCCAUUUUAGUGCCCAGUCCCCCACUCUAUCCAAAUCCCUCUGCAGCAAAGCAAUAUCCUGCUCACAUUUUAUUACUUUUCAAAGUUUUGUGUCAUCUGCAAACACUGAUACAUGGCUUUCAAUGCCUAUUUUAAGAUCAUUUAUAAAUAUGUUAAAUAGAAGUGGUCCCAAAACAGAAUCCUGAGGGACACCACUUACCACUUUUGUCCAGCCUGAAAAUUUACCAUUAAUUACAACUCGUUGUACUCUAUCCUUAAGCCAAUGUUCUACCCAAGAACAAGAAUAUUCAUCUAGACCAAUUUAUUUUAGUUUGAAGACUAACCUAUUGUGAGGAACCGUAUCAAAUGCCUUGGCAAAAUCCAAGUAGAUCACAUCCACUGCAACACCCUGAUCUAUACUUCUACUUACUUCUUCGUAGAAUGCAAUUAGGCUAGUUUGACAUGACCUAUGUUUCAUAAAACCAUGCUGAUUAUUGCUAAUAACAAAGUUCUUCCCAAUGAAUUCCUGAAUAUUAUCCCUUAAUAGCCCUUCAAAUAUUUUCCCAGUUAUAGAAGUUAAGCUCACAGGUCUAUAAUUUCCAGGCAAGGAUUUUGAACCCUUUUUAAAUAUAGGAACAACAUCUGCCUUCCUCCAAUCCUCCGGUACAACACCUGAAACAAAAGAAUCUUGAAAAAUUAAAUACAGAGGUUCACUUAUUUCCCCACAUAGCUCCUUAAGUACUCGUGGGUGAAUACCGUCAGGCCCCGGAGCUUUAUUUACAUUAAUUUUCGUUAAUAGCUGUAGCACCUUGUCUCGAGUCCAAUCACAAGUUAUUUGCAAGUUUUUUGCAGCAAUCAUUUGCAUAUCUCUUGCCAGAGGAUCCUCAUUAAUAUAUGCUGAAGAAAAAUAGUUAAGUAAAAUUUCAGCUUUUUCCUGGUCUUUAUUAGCUAAUAAACCCAACUCUGUUUCCAGUGUACCUACACUUUUAUUUUUUGUUUUUUUUAGAAUUUAUGUACUAUUUAUGUUCCCACCCAUAAGCAUAACAUCAUAUCUGUAUGCAGCUACUUUAUGUUCUUCUCAAAAUGUACCACCAUCUAUUCUGACCUCUUCAAAGAAUGGCUUUAGAAAAAACCCAAGCAGGAAAUGGGACAGCGGAGAGCCCUAGUGUGUACAUUGCUGAUUUUGAAAGAGCUCCAUAAAUACUAUCCCAGGCAGUGAGGAUAGUGUAGAGCAGGGGUGCACAAAAGGUAGAUCCCCAGAUGUUAUAGAACUACAACUCUCUUGAUGCUUUGCAUACCUUUGGAAUGUUUUUAGAAUGACAUCAUGUUAGCUGUAGGUUUAAAACAUCUAGGGAUAUACCUUUUGCUGGGAUAGAGUGCAUCAAUCAAGUAUAGGAUGUUGAGACAGAUCCUCAUCUGCUUUGGCAAAACAGCAGUAAGCUGUAUCAAGCAGCUAGUACUGCCAGGAGCAAACUUUUAGUGGAAGAUAGGACAUUGCCACUUGGGUUGGUAGGCAUUUUCUCAUAAAUCCUGGUGUGAAAC